GCGCGUGUAUGUAUAGUUGCAGCCUCGCGCCUCCGGUCUGUGUGCUCGUUCGGUUUUAGCCGGAUCCCACAUUUCGCUACGUUAGCAUACAGUAGCUAACACACAAGAUGUCGAGGGUGUAUAUUGGAAGACUGAGCUACAGGGCCCGAGAAAAGGACGUGGAGAGGUUUUUCAAAGGCUACGGGAAGAUACUCGAGGUCGACCUGAAAAACGGGUAUGGGUUUGUUGAAUUUGAUGACCCCCGUGAUGCAGAUGAUGCUGUUUAUGACUUAAACGGCAAGGAGUUGUGUGGUGAAAGAGUCAUUGUGGAGCACACCAAGGGACCCCGUCGGGAUGGAGGUUAUGGUGGUGGUGGUGGUGGUGGCGGAGGUAGUAGUAGUGGUGGCGGCGGCGGCAGAGGAGGAGGAGGCGGAGGAGGAGGAGGCGGCGGCGAUAGAGGAGGAGGAGGAGGAGGAGGUGGUGACAGAUAUGGUCCACCCAUAAGGACAGAUUAUCGGCUCAUUGUUGAGAAUCUUUCCAGUCGCUGCAGCUGGCAGGAUUUGAAGGACUACAUGAGACAGGCAGGGGAGGUGACUUAUGCCGACACCCACAAGGGCCGCAGGAACGAGGGGGUGAUAGAGUUCAGGCUCUACUCCGACAUGAAGAGGGCUUUGGAGAAGCUCGACGGCACCGAAGUGAAUGGAAGGAAGAUCCGUCUGAUCGAGGACCGCCCUGGAGCCAGACGCAAGCGCUCUUAUUCUCGCAGUCGCAGCCACUCCAGGUCCCGCUCCAGGAGCCGCAGGUCUCGUAAGAGCCGCAGCCGCAGCGAGAGCAGCAGCCGCAGCCGUUCCCACUCCAGGUGAGGAUCAAACCUAUCAGAGAGG